AUGGAACCCGGUUACGAAACGUCGCUAUUCAUCGGUCCGGAGAGGGGGUACUUCGAGUUUUGGCUGCAACUCAUCGGCAGCAUCUACCUCUUCCCCAACGAUAUCAUGCAUCGCGUCGUCCCGCAACUCGCACGCCAGGAGCCAGCCAUCAAACAUGCCGCUCUUGCAAUGGCGGGAAUGGCCCGAGCCCUCGUUCCGUCACUCGUGUAUCGGUCUGAUAAGGAGCUUCACAGUAACGGCCCGCAUUACGAGUUCGCGUUGCAACAUUAUGGCCGCGCUAUGAAGCUUUUGCGCAGCUCUCAGCCUACGAGUGAAAACAUGCUUUGGGCCAUCAUAUGCUGCGUGCUGUUCAUCACAUUCGAAUGCCUCCAUGGAGAUCGCAUUGCGGCGUUAUCGCAUGUGAAUCAUGCCUACAAGAUGAUGGAAGCAUACUUCCGUCGACGGUCGCUGGUUGAGGAAGGCCCAGUGACAGAGUCCAUCCGCGCCGUGUGUGACGAUGCUGCAUGGGUGUUCCAGGGCUUGAAAAUGCAGGCGUGGUCUCACAGUGUGCUGCAUCCAGACAAUCUUUUGGAAAUCAGCUGGUGCUGUCGUGGCAGCAAAGGUGCCUUCGCUGUUGAUGAGAUGCCUCCCAUAUUUACAGACAUACAUACAGCCCGGCGAUGGUGGAGGGUCGUACAGCACCAUACGUGUCACAGAUGUCCUAUUUACACGGAGGUCUACGUCGACAGUCUUUCUGAUGAUAUGCUUGCAGGCGCCUACGAACGGCCUGCAUUGCUGCCGACCCACCUUGAGACAAUGGCGGCCGUUUCUCCGGAAUUCUUGAACCGCCUCCGAAAAUGGAGCAACGCCUUCCAGGCUCUAUACAACAAUCUACGGUUAAAGCAGCAUCUCAGCGAAGCCGACUACCAGUCAUAUGUCAAUGCUUGCAACUUGCGCCUGCAGUACCUCUUGCUCUGGAACCAUGUCUCCAGCCUGAGUUUCACAGACAUCAGAACGGUGAUCAUCCUGACACCGUCUUUCCGGGAGAUCGUGCAACUGAGUCGGACUGUUCUGAAGGCCCAGGCGAAUUGUGGUGGGUGCAGCGAUACUUUCAGUAUGGACAACGGGCCUACGUGGGCUCUGUUGGUUACUUCGUGUCGGUGUCGAGAUACUAAAGUCAGGCAAGAGGCGACGGAACUACUAGGCAAGUUUAACCGUCGCGAUGGUGUAUGGGAUAGUAGGACAUUCCAUGCUCUCGCGAAGAGGUACGAGGGAAUUGAGACGGACAACAUCUUAUUAUCUGAGGACAAGGACGAAAAAGAGUCACUCUUGCUGCGCCGAGAGUUACGUUUCAGUCGUGACGGGAACAUGAGCGGCACACACUUCAAAUGGGAUCCUCUUAACAGUCAGUGGCUGCGUGCAAGAGAUGUUUUUUAG